AUGAACGCCGACGACCUGGGCUCGCCGAGGGAGCUCACCGGGCUGCAGCGGAGAAGGGCGCUGUACCAACCGGAGUUGCCUCCAUGUCUUCUUCAGGGAACGAGAAUCAGAGUGGAGUUUGGCGACUCAACAACGACCAUUGAUUCAAAAUGCGCCGACAUUGUCGCACAGGCAUUCCCACACAUCUUUGGUCAGAAGCUGGUGCGUUUCCUAGAGCCACACACUGACACGGUGGUCUCUGAAUCUGAUGCACAAGUCAUCCAAGAACACCCACCAAUUAGGGUGGGUGUGGUGUUUUCUGGAAGGCAAUCACCUGGCGGGCAUAAUGUCAUAUGGGGUACUUAUGAUGCUAUGAAAGCUCAGAAUCCACACAAUGUUCUGCUUGGGUUUGUAGGUGGCACGGAAGGCCUAUUUGCAAAGAACACGCUGGAGAUCACUGAUGAUGUGCUUUCGUCAUACAAAAAUCAAGGUGGUUUUGAUUUGCUCGGCAGGACUGUUGAUCAAAUCCGCACGACAGAGCAAAUAAAUGCUGCUAAGGCAACAUGCUGUGAUCUUAACUUGGAUGGCCUAAUCAUCAUUGGAGGGGUGACCUCCAAUUCAGAUGCUGCUCAGCUUGCAGAGAUCUUUGCGGAGCAUAACUGCAAGACAAAAGUUAUAGGUGUCCCUGUAACGCUGAGUGGUGAUCUCAGGAAUCAGUUCGUGGAAACAACUGUUGGUUUUGAUACAGUGUGCAAGGUGAACUCUCAGCUUAUAAGCAAUGUUUGCCUUGAUGCAAUCUCAGCUGGGAAGUACUACUAUUUUGUUCGCUUGAUGGGUGGCAAAGCAUCUCAUGUUGCAUUAGAGUGCGCACUUCAAUCACACCCAAACAUGGUUAUAUUAGGAGAGGAGGUGGCAUUUUCAAAGCUCACAUUGAAGGAAAUUACAAACAAGAUAUGCGACGGAGUAGAAGCAAGGGCGGAACAAGGGAAAUACCAUGGAGUGCUAGUUAUUCCUGAGGGACUAAUAGAAAGCAUACCAGAAAUGUAUGCACUCAUUCAGGAAAUCAAUAAUCUCCACAGUAAUAAUGUUUCUGAGGCAGACAUUCCAUCUCAACUUUCUCCAUGGGCCGCUGCCUUGUUCAAGUUCUUGCCAUCGUUCAUUAGGAGAGAGUUGAUCCUGCAUCAAGAAUCUGAUAACUCAGCACAGCUAUCUCAGAUCGAUACCGAGCAGCUCUUAGCUCAUUUAGUAGAAGCAGAAAUGAACAAGAGAACAAAAGAAGGAAAGUACAAGGGAAGAAAAUUCAGUUCAGUGUGCCACUUCUUUGGUUCUCAAGCCCGAGGAUCGCCACCAUCAAACUUCGACUGCAACUAUGCUUAUGUUCUUGGCCAUAUUUGUGUGCAAAUAAUAGCAGCUGGAUUGAAUGGUUACAUGGCUACCGUAACAAAUCUGAAGGACUCGACAAACAAGUGGCGAUGCGCUGCUGUUCCUCUAGCGGCAAUGAUGAGUGUGAGGAGACACUUGCGUGGUCCUGGAGCUGUUCCUAUUGGGAGGCCAGUUAUCCAUCCUUCUCCUAUUGACCUGAAAGCAGAGUCAUAUGCGGUCCUGAGAGAGAAAGCCUCAAGCUUUCUGUUAGACGAUUUCUACAGAACUCCAGGAGGCAUUCAGUUCGAAGGACCUGGCGCAGGCACCAAGCCUAUCACAUUGACCAUAGAAGAGCAGGACUAUCUGGGUGAUAUCGAGAUACUGCAAGCCUACUUGGACAAGGUUAGGACCAUCCUGAAGCCUGGAUGCUCACGGGAGAUUCUCAAGGCAUCAAUAAGCUCGAUUGCGUCAGUAAACGAUGUGCUCAAGUUCAUGUCGGCACCCCUCAAUACAGAGCUUCCUCUCUACCACUUCAACUGA